AUGUCCACCACGCCCACGCCCACGCCCACGCCCACGCCCACGCCCACGCCGACCGCGACCGCGACCGAAGCCGCCAUCAUCGCCAGCCUCGCCCCCUACUCGGCCUGCGACGUCUGCGACGCCCUCCUCAAGCUCCGCGUCCCCGGGGCCGGCUACCUCGCCAACCUCCUCCCCUACACCCACGCCGCCGCCGACGCCGCCGCCGCCCCGACCAUUGCCCCCGUGUCCACCGUGCUGUUCGCCCCCCGGCACGACCCGCCCGCCCAUCCGCCCCCCAACCUGCCCGGCGACGCUCACUGGGCCGACACCGUCCCUCCGGGCACCGUCGUCGUCCUCAAGCAGCCCCCCGGGCAGACCAACGCCGUCUGCGGCGGCAUCAUGGCGCUGCGCAUGAAGGUCCGACAGGUCAAGGGCAUCGUCGUAGCCGGACGCGUCCGCGACGUCGGCGAGCUGCGCAGCACCAAUCUCCCGAUCCUGGCUUACGGCGUCUCGGCCGUCGGAGCUGGCGGAGGCAGCGUCCCCUGGGCUCUGCAGGUCCCCCUCGACAUUGACGGCGUGGUCGUGUCCCCCGGCGACAUUGCCUUUCACGACCCCGUCAAUGGGCUGGUCGUCAUACCCCAGGACAAGCUGCACCAGGUCCUGGAGCUGCUGCCCAGGCUGACCGCGGCAGACGAAAAGGUCAAGCAAGAUGUCCUCAACGGCAUGUCUGUGUAUGAUGCCUUCAAGCUGCACCGAUGA